AUGUGGACACCAGACGGGUACGUGUACCUUGUCGUUGGAAAUGACGAGAUUAGGAGGCAUGUGAAGAUCCUCCUCGACCCCCAGAGUCCCGAAAAUGUUAUAUCCACGCACUGUCUUUCCCUCUUUCCUGGAUACACGUACAGCGCGUCCGCCGGCGUCCCCAUCGGCACCAGCAUUACCGGUCGCGAAAACUACUUGAGCAUAGCCGAAGUCGAGAUCAGAUGGAAUGGAAUCAAUAACAAUGCGCGGCGAUUCACUGGGCCCUAUUUUCGGGAGACCCUUUACGAAUCGUCGACCUGCCACGUCAUGGAAUCCGAUGAAUUUUAUCUCAUCAUCGGGCGACCUACCAUCAAUAGGCUAGAGCUCUUUAAACGCAACAAGAAGCGAAUAAUCGCUGCCUGGCGGGGUUACAAUACCAGCGUGAAUAAUGAGAACGUCGAUGACGAGCAAGAAUCCGCCGAGGAUAGACGCAAAAAAGCAAAAGAGGCCCAGAAACAGCGCGAGAAAGAAGAAAAGGACAAGAGAGUCAAAAAAUAG